UUGGUUACUGGAGCAACGGGUUACAUUGGCAUACAUUGUGUUGAUCAACUUAUCAAAGAAAAUUACAUAGUAAGAGGUACAGUACGUGACUUGAAUAAUAGUUUAAAAAUCGAUCCAUUAAAACAACUAGAAGGAUCAAAGGAACGUUUGGAAUUAGUUCAGGCUGAUUUGCAAAGUGAUGAAGGAUGGUCACAAGCAAUGACUAAUUGUACUUAUGUUCUACACGUUGCAAGUCCUUUUCCAAUGGUCACGGACAAAUCUAUUAUCACUAUAGCUGUUAAUGGUACUUUGCGUGUCUUACGAGCUGCAGCAAAGUCAUCUACUGUGAAGAAAGUUGUAAUCACCAGUUCAGCCUCAUCUAUAAGUGAAGGUCAUGCGAAUGCUUCAAGAACGUUUAGUGAAGCUGACUGGACAAAUUUAAACUCAAAAAAAACAAAUAAUUACGCAAAAAGUAAAACUCUUGCUGAGAAAGCUGCUUGGGAAUUUGUUGAUAAAGAAAAAGUUAAAUUUAAGCUAACGGUAAUCAAUCCAUCUUUUGUGCUUGGACCGUUACUUCAUAACGUUCAAGGAACGAGCAUCCAAUUGAUGCGCCGUUUCUUAAGUAAUGAAAUUCCCGCUGUCCCAGCAGUUCAGUUUGGUUUGGUGGACGUACGUGAUGUAGCACAAGCACACAUUCGAGCUAUGCGUGAAGCUCGUAGUGAUGGUCUGCGAAUUCUUGUUACGUCGCAAACAAGUUAUUCAUUCUUGCAGAUUGCAAGUAUCCUUCGAAAAGAAUUCUCAUCGCAAGGUUAUACUUUCCCAAAAUUGACGGUACCAUACCCUCUAGUAUGGCUAUACUCAUUUUUCAAUCAGGAGACGGAAGAACAAGUAUUACCACGUAUAGGCGAUAAGCCAUGUUUCGACAAUUCUCGCAAAAUUUUGGGAAUGGAUCUCAGGAAUCCUGAAGAAGCAAUCAUCCUUAUGGCAUAUGAUAUCAUUGAACGAGGCAUGGCACCUAAACAGAAGAAUUACCGAGGACCAUCGCAAAAGAUCAUGGAAUGA